AUGGCGCACCGCGAGCCCCAACCCACCGCCGGCGCUGGCUCGGUACCUAUGGCGACAUCCACCAGCACCAGCAGCAGCACCAGCACCAGCACAAGCUCCGCCGACCAACCCGCGGCCGCUCGGGCUCGACACACCCCUCAAACCCAAUCAUCAUCCCAAGCACCCGUAUCUAUCCUAACCAACGCCUACUCCUCCCCUCACCUCCACCUCCUCUCCGUGCCCGAAAAGACCCACCUCCAUCCUCUCUCCGACCCCGGCCUCGACUCCCCGCGCGAUAUCAAGGGCUCCCGCAAAAGGCGUCCGAGCGCCGUAUGGACCCUCCCUGCGCCCCUCCUCGCGCGCCUGAGGGCAGAGGACGAGCGGCGGCGGAUCUGGGUGGGGCUGCUCUUGCUUUUGGGGGCAGGGGCGGUGCUCCUCAUCUGGGCAUUGCGGACCGCGGGCGUGCCUGUAGGGGAGGGCUGGGGGCUGGUGGAUGAUGUAAGCGGGCUGAGGGGUGAUAAGAGCGUCCAGUUGGGGCACUUUGAUAUUGCGCUGGAGAGGGGCGGGAAGGGGCCGAGUGGAAAGGGAAAGGGAAAGGCGCAAGGGGUGGCGAAGGGGAGCAAGGCAAACAACAAGAAGAAGAUGAAGUGGGAUCAACCGAAAUCAAAGUCGAAUGACGGACUACUCCGGUUCAACCCUACCGACCUCGUCGACUCCAAGGCGCCUCAUCCUAUUACAACAUUGAUUGAGGAGGCGCAAACGGCGUGGAAGGAGAAGAAUGCGAGGCAGAGUAAGACGCUCAAGGAGGCGACGGGAGAGUAUAGGCGGCGGUAUGCACGGGCGCCGCCCAAGGGGUUUGAGAAGUGGUGGAGAUAUGUCAAAACCCACAACGUCCCCCUUCCAGACGAAUACGAUCAAAUAUCCGCCGACAUCCACUCCUUCCACCCACACCGCCCCGCCGUCAUCUCUACCAAACAAGCCCGCGCCGCUGCCCUCCCGGACACGUACGUGAUCCGGAACACCGCUGGCCAGCUGAGCGUCACCAAGAACUAUGACGCGCAGCGGCAUCCCGGCGGGGACCAGCGAGUUGCCGCGCAGCUGGAUAUGGUGAAAGAUGUGGCGGGGGAUAUACCUGAUUUCGAGGCGGUGUGGAGUGUGCAUGAUACAGGGAGGGGGUUUGUGAGUUGGAGUCAGCGGGGGGAGUUGGAACGUGCCAGAGAAGAGGGGAGCUUCCUGGACGAAGAGGAAAACGACGAGCAAUACGGCUGGUCCGCCCUCUGUCCAUUCUCUACCGACUUCGCCUCUGCCCUCUACACCGACCCUUCUCCACCCAACCCGGCCACUUCCAAAUCACUCAUCUCCUCCCACCCCCUCUCCUACUCUAUCUGCGCCCACCCCUCCCUCGUCCCUAUCCACGGCGCCACCGCCGGCCCGUACCGCUCGCCCAUCACCUCCGGGCACCUCCCGCUCUUCUCCUACUCGCGCCAUGCGCUCCAGAGCGAUAUCCUCGGGAUCCCCUAUUCACACCUCGUCAAAAUACCCCCAACGCCUUGGGAGGACAAGACGGAGGACAGAUUAUUGUGGCGAGGAGGGUUGACGGGGGCGCAUUAUGAUGAUAAGGUGGAAUGGAGGAAGGGACAGCGAUUCCGGUUAUUGGAUCUACACAAAGGCGGUCCGACUUCUGUCCUCACGCCUACCGGUAGCGGCGCACCGGUCCAGCUUACCGAAACGACCUACUCGGCCGCCGCCGCGCACUAUCUCGACGUCGGCGCCACAGGUAAACCCAUCCAGUGCGACCCAUCCACCUGCUCGCUCAUCGCGAAAGAAUACACCUUUCUUCCGCGCAUGGAGCACAAGGAGGCGGCGGCGUACAAGUAUGUGUUGGAUGUGGACGGGAAUGCGUGGAGCGCGCGGUUCAGGGGACUGUUGAGUACGGGGACGGUCGUUCUCAAGAGUACGAUUAUGCCCGAGUGGUGGACGGACCGAGCGCAGGCGUGGGUGCAUUAUGUGCCGAUCAAGGUGGAUUAUGGGGAUUUGAUGGAUGUGAUGGCGUAUUUCACAGGCGACCUCACACCCUCCAAAGCCAACGGAAACGAUACAGCCGGCCGCCUCAUCGCUGAAGCAGGCCAAGAAUGGGCGGCCACGCACUGGCGACAAGAAGACAUGACGGCGUAUACCUACAGACUGUAUCUUGAGUGGGCGAGGGUAUGGUCGGGCGGGGAUAGGAUGGGCGGGUAUGUCUAUGAUGAGAAGGAUGAGGUCUAG